AUGGCGUUUGCUGGGACAAAUAUCAGUUUAUCCCAGCCGGAUAUCACGCAGAAACUAACGGAGCGCAUAGACGACCUGAAGCAAAAGAUCGCUGCUUGGGGGAAGGGGAUUCGACGAUUUACCGAGAGGUCAAGGCGGUUCAACCAGAAUCGUCUCUUCCAGAGUGAUCAGAAGAGGCUCUAUAAAUCAUUGGAGCGACCAAAGGUAUGUGGAGCGGGCCAAGGACCGGAUCAGGCUGACAUUAUCGCAUUCUGUCGUGGCCUGUGGUCAGAGCCCGUAAACCACAGCCAGGGCCCUUGGAUGGAAGUUGUGGCGAGCCAGGGUGCGAGUGUUACGCCUAUGGACCCCAUCACCAUAACGCCGGAAGACGUGCUGACGCGAUCCGUAGGGCCCCGAACUGGAAAAGUCCGGGGCUCGACGGGCUGCAUCAUUACUGGCUGA